GAGUUGCUGUCGCGGGCCGCGGAGCUGUUCGUCAAGGACGCCGUCGAAGCCACUAUCGUUCAUAGUAGAAGGCGCCGCAACGACGAAGCGAGACGUAUUUCAAGGCAAGGGCCCGAGUACCCGCUCCAGAUCCGCCCUUCUGACAUAGAUGUCAAGGCACACGUCGCCGCGUCAAAACGCGUUGCGGAGAAGGACGGGUUAUUGCUCGACGCGAUGGUCGACUUUGAUGUGCUCAACGGGAAGCCGGAAUCAUCGAAUGCGCCUCCCCCUCGGUCGGUCUGGGCGACGGCAAAAAGACAACGGGGCCGGGAAUUGGAAUCGGCGCGGCGCCAGGAGUACGGCGGCCUCACGGAGGUUGGUGAUAGAUUGGAGCUGUCCAUGAAGAAGGUCAAGAAGGAGGAUGAAAGAGCGGAAAAAGCGAGGCCCAACAUCCCCGACGCGCCCGACGUCGUCACGCGCGACGACGUGGCGCACUACCUCCGCGAAUCGAGGCCGGAGCUGGCUCCCGAGGUGCUGUUCUGCGGGUGAUGGUGUGUGCGGCCUAAAGUAUAGUUAUCUAGCUUUUGUCGAGGCUAGUGUGUUGACACACACGCUAGCCUUCACCAAGUUUAAUCUGUCGCGAAAAGCAAAUCAUCUUGAUUUCUACACAUACCGCUGCCGGCAGUGCGUUGAUCCUUGAAAAGAUGCGUACUCGCAGCCGCCCCAGCGGGAGGUGGCUGCUGGCACUCGCCAUCGCCGCGCCGCUGACCUCAGGCUUUGUUGCACCAUCUCUAAGCCAGCUUGCCCGCAGCCCGGCGGCCGGCCCGGCGCAGGUUUCUCAAGCACGGAGGAGUCGUGCCUCGCGAACUCGCGUAGCAGCUGCGCCGGCCGCGCCGGAAAGCGCGCCCGCGCCGGUCGACCGGCGCAUCCAGCUCGCGAAGGCGUUCGUCGUCGAUGAUUUCGGCCGCGCCAACCCGGACCUGUUGCAGGACGACUUCGCCUUCGAGUUGGGCAGCUCUUUGUUGACGAAAGACCGGUACCUUAAAAGCGACGACCUAGCUCGGCUAAGGGAGGCAUGCGGCGAUACUCUGAGAGUCGCCGCGUCCGAUUUUAGGAUAGACCCCGGUGAUGACGAGGCCGUGCUCUUUACGCUCGCCGUCAGUGGCGUCCAGUCCGCGCCCUAUAAGGGCCUGGAAGAUAAAGACGCCCUAAAGGGUAGCGGCCCCUGGAAGACGCUGCCGACCUGCGGCCGGUGCGCCUUCGACGCCAGUGGGAAGUGUUACGCCGCGACUCUUGGCGCGCCACUCGACAGAGAUGACCGCUCGCGCGGCGUGGAGACGCUAGCCGAUGCGUGCUGGGUCGCCAUGGGCGGCAAGCUUGGCGGGCUGAACGUGGGACUGGCUCUGUCCGAAUUAGUCACGCGUCGAACACCCGCGACGCCGCGCGGCGCCCCUGCAACAGAGCCUCUGAUCGACGCCGCCGACGCGGUGGGAGUCGCGGACGCGGCUCUGCGAGAGCUCCUUCUGAGGCCGGAGGGCGCACCCCUACCUGAUGGUGUAGCGGCUGCUUUAUUUGCCGACGACUGCGUCGUAUUGGGUGAGGGCUUCGCCGCGAUGCCGCUCAAAAACGCGGCGAAACAACAACCCUGGGGCGGUUCAUUUGAUGGCGCAUCCUUCUGUAACUAUAGGAUUGCCGCUGACGACGCCAGAAGGGUACUGUGCGACGUCUUAUUGCCGUCUGGGCGCCUGGAAGGGGCCUCAGUUUACGUGGAUGCGGAUGAGAAAGCUUUCAGAUGCUCUGUGGGGUGGGUUAUCCGCGAGGGCGAGAAGGCGAAUUAUCUCGCGGAGCUCCAGAAGGCUGCGCUGCCUUUGGACCGCGCCAUUGACGCCGCGGUCGAGACCUACGAACAGCUCGACAAGACAGUACUCCAACCGACCGCGGAAUUUCUCGACAAUACGGUGCUCUCCUUAGACGCGACGCAGGCGGCGUUAGGGGUCGCCCUGGCCGACGCGGACAAAGGCGUGGCAAACGCUAAAGCUGAAUUGGACAAGGCUCUCGCUGCAACCCAGGCGUCGUACGAAACGCUAGCGGCGGGGCCGAAGGCACUCGCGGCGGAAGCUGAGAAGGCCGUCGCGGAAGCUACGUACGAACUAGACAAGGCGGCUGCCGAGCUGCAAAAGACCGCAGACGAAGCGGACGCCAAAUUGCAGACAACCCUCAACGAGGCGAACGAGACGCUCUCCGCGAUUCUGGAGGACCCGGCGAAGGUGCUGCAGUCCGGGGCUCUUCCCAAAAUAAAUGCGACCACGGUAAAGGCGCCGAAACGUGAAGCUCCGCAAAAGCCCGCGCCUGUGAGCGACCCGGCCGAGGACCUCAAGCGGGCCGAGGCGCGCCUAGCCGCCGCCGAAGCGGCUGCGGCGAAGGUCAAGGCCCAGUCAGAAGCGGCCUCGGCAGCGGCGCGUAAAGCUGCCGAGGAGAAGAAGGCGUUGGUAGCCGAGGCACUAGAGAAACCGCCCCCAGAGCCCGUCCAAGAGCCGAAGGGCGCCAUAGCUGUAGCUACUGUGGAAACCGAGGUAUUCGACGAGGCGCCCGACACGCCAGGAGCUCGCCUAAUUGCCGCAAUUCCGCGGCCGCCGCCGGAGGAGAUCAAGCCUGAGCCUGCUUUCGAGCUGCCGGAGCUGCCCGACUCUUUCAAGGAUUUCACGCCGCCGAAGAUUGAGCUGCCGAAGCCCGCGGCUCAGCCCGUGGCGAAGCCGGCUCCGAAGCCGGCGUUCUCGUUCCCGCGCCCGGCGCCGGCGCCGAGGCCCGCGCCCAAGCCGGCGUUUAGCUUCCCCCGGCCGACGCCGCAGCCGGCGCCGAAGCCCGCGCCAGCUCCUUUCUCAUUCGGCGGAGGGCCGCCGAAGAUCGCCACGCCCGCGCCCAGACCGGCGCCCAAGCCGGCCUUCUCGUUUGGGCCGCGGCCGGCGCCGCGGCCGGUCUCCAAGCCCGCGGCGCCUGCGUUUAGCUUCGGGGGGCCGAGACCCGCGCCGCGCCCGACGCCGCGGCCGGCUCCUAAGCCCGCGACACCAUUUAGCUUCGGAGGACCGCGGCCUGCUGCCAAGCCGACUCCCCGACCGGCGCCGAAGCCGGCGUUCUCGUUCGGAGGGCCGCGCCCGGCGCCGCGGCCGACGCCGCCGCCUCCCGCCCCCAAGCCGUCGGGUGGCGGCUUCAAUCUAUUUGGGAGCAAGCCGGCGCCGAAACCGGCAACGCCGCCGCCGGCACCGAAGCCGGCGAGCAGUGGCGGAUUCAAUCUCUUCGGCGGCAGCAAGCCUUCGCCGAAGCCUGCCCAAGCUCCGGCACCUGCGCCGAAGCCGGCGGGUGGAUUCUCGCUGUUCGGCGGUAGCAAGCCGAAGCCCGCGCCGGCUCCCGCGCCGGCUCCCGCGAAGAAGGACGCGUCGCCCUUCGGGGGACUCUUCGGCGGCGGCUCGGCGCCGAAGCCUAGCGCGCCGUCGCCGUCGCCGGCGCCCGCCGCCAAGCCGCCGCCGGCGACCACGGGUGGCGUGCCCGACGCGUUGGCGAAGGCGGCGGCCGAGGCGCGCGCGAAGAACGCUGCCAAGCAGAAGGCGGCGGCCGACGCGCGGAAGCGUCAGGCACAGGAGCGCCGCUCGCGCUAGUAGGGGUGAUGAAUAACAACCAACAUAUCAUUA